GCGCAGGCAGCGUCCUCAGGGCCAGGCUUGCUCAACAUCCUGCCCAUGUCCACGGACGGUGGCUUUGGCACGGCUGGGAACAGUGAUGCCCAGCAGAGCCUCCAGUCCUUCUGGCCACGAGUCAUGGAGGAGAUCCGCAACCUCACCGUGAAAGACUUCAGAGUUCAGGAACUCCCUCUGGCUCGUAUUAAGAAGAUAAUGAAACUAGAUGAAGAUGUGAAGAUGAUCAGUGCAGAAGCUCCAGUGUUGUUUGCCAAGGCAGCUCAGAUCUUCAUCACAGAGCUGACUCUGAGGGCGUGGAUACACACGGAGGACAACAAGCGGAGGACGCUGCAGAGGAAUGACAUUGCUGUGGCCAUUACAAAGUUUGAUCAGUUUGACUUUCUUAUUGAUAUUGUUCCAAGAGAUGAGCUGAAGCCUACAAAGAGGCAGGAGGAGGUACGUCAGGCCGUGACCCCCGCCGAGCCCGUGCAGUAUUAUUUCACCCUGGCUCAGCAGCCUGCAGCAGUGCAGGUUCAGGGGCAGCAGCAAGGCCAGCAGACCACCACGUCCACAACCACGAUCCAGCCUGGACAGAUCAUCAUUGCCCAGCCUCAGCAAGGGCAGAGCACGCCCGUGACGAUGCAGGUUGGAGAGGGGCAGCAGGUACAGAUAGUGCAGGCCCAGCCCCAAGGCCAGACCCAGCAGGCGCAGAGUGGAACUGGGCAGACCAUGCAAGUCAUGCAGCAGAUCAUCACCAACACGGGAGAAAUCCAGCAGAUUCCGGUUCAGUUGAAUGCUGGCCAGCUGCAGUAUAUCCGCUUAGCCCAACCUGUGUCAGGCACCCAGGUAGUCCAGGGGCAGAUCCAGACGCUUGCAACCAAUGCGCAGCAGAUCACGCAGACAGAAGUCCAGCAAGGACAGCAGCAGUUCAGCCAGUUCACAGAUGGACAGCAACUGUACCAGAUCCAGCAAGUGACCAUGCCUGCAGGCCAGGACAUCACCCAGCCCAUGUUCAUCCAGUCCACCAACCAGACCUCAGAUGGCCAAGCCACACAAGUGACAGGGGACUGAGUGGGGACAUCAGAGCCAGUCUCUGCUGCAUAGAAACAAACCAGCCUGACCUCUGCCGUGCCAGCCUGGUCCAGGGACUUCAUCUGCUUCUGUGUAUCUGUACUUGGUGUGAAGCCUACAGUAGGCUGCAGUCACUGGUGCACUGCACACCUUCCUCUGGUGGGUAUGAGAGAAUAUCCAGCAGACACUGACAAGAAUGCAAUAUUUUUCUUAUUUUUAGAUGUCAUUAUU